AUGACUGAACCUAGUGUUUCUACACCUUUUAUCCCAGAUGACUUCAAAUAUUCUACCAAGGUCAGUUCCUGUGAAAAUGAAAUAAAGUUGAGAUUCUUAAGGAAUGUGUACUCAAUAUUGUUAUUUCAACUAACUUUGACUUUCGCCUUUGGUCUGUAUGUGUACAACUCCCCGAAGCUUCAAUAUUUCAUUGUGACAAAAUUAUGGGUUGAUAUUCUAGCUAUAGUUAUUGGGUUGGUCACUUGUAUCUGGUUGAGUUUUGCACCUUCGUCUACCGAUGAGGAAAAUGAACCCUGGUAUGUGCUCUCAUUCCCACAGCAGCUUGCUUUGUUGUUUGUUUUUACGUUGGCAGAAGCUUAUUCGCUUUCCAUCGUAGUGGUUGUGUACAGGCCAGAGGUAAUCUUAAACGCUGUGAUGAUGACUUUAUUCGUCGUAAUUGGUAUCACGACGACACUAAUGUCAACGAACUAUUUUAAGAUUUAUGACUUCCAAAAAUGGUAUUACUGGCUUAACAUGUUACUUUGGGUUAUGAUCGGAUUCUCUUUAUCCUCUAUCUUCUUCAGUUUUAAUACAAACUUAGAUCUAUUAAUCAGUUGGGUUGGGGUCAUUCUUUUCACAGGAUAUAUUUUCGUUGAUACCCAGCUAAUAUUACGGAAAGUACUUAUCGGUGAAGAGAUAAAAUGCGCAAUGAUGCUUUAUUUGGAUAUUAUUAAUUUGUUCUUAUACAUUUUAAGAAUCUUGUCGCGCAACGAAGAUGAUUGA